AUGACACUGAAUGAAGGUCUGUUUGAAAGAACACUAAAGUAUGGUAUUGCAGUGCCAAUGAGUCGAUCGGAUCAGUUGAGAAGCUAUAUUGGUCAGUCGUUGGAGAGUCUUAGACCACAUUUGAGCAAGAAGGUCAAUCCAGUGGAGAAGAUAUCAUUGACAAUCCUGAAUGAAUAUGAUCAUCCCAUCGAGAGAUUCUCAUUCACCUUCAACAAUGAGGUCGUCACGCCAGAUCCACCACCUCCACCUCCUCCACAAGUUGUCGAUCAACCUCAACAACAUCAACAGCAACCUCAACAACAACAGAACUAUAUGAUACUUGAUGGCAGUCAAGAUGGUUUGAUGAAUGAUCCAAAGGAGUAUUACUUCAAUAUGUUGUCAAAGGUUGAUGGCGUAGGUCAACCUCAACCUCAACCUCAACAACCGGUCCAACAACAACAACAACAACAGGUCAAGAGGCCGACCACACAGCAGUUGGAGGAUUCGUUCAGAGCAUACUUGUUGAGGGUACUGGCUGCAGACUCAUUCCUACAGAGUUCACAUCUGAGCAGUGCAACAGAGCGCAAGUUUGUAAUCCAUGUUCAUGCUGUGAGCAUCGAGUCCACAAACAAUGUAUUGGACAUUGACCCAUUGAAUCCACCUGGUCGUGUCGGUGCUCCAGGAGCAUUAGGCGUCGGAGGUGGCGGUGUCAGAGUCGGCGGUCGACUGAAGGAGUUCAAGCCAGUAUGGGUCAGUGCGUCCAAGGAUGAAUAUGACAUGGGUCCUCCAUCCUCCUCCAACAACAAUGUAGUUGUAUCUCUAAAGACUAUACAAGGUGUAGAUACAGCCAAUAGGACACUAACUGCUUCAGUCGAGCAACAACAACAAUACCAAGCAGCUCUUCCUACCAAGGGCUCAUCACCAAUUUGA